UUGCGCUGUUGUGUUCAGCCGGUUGUAAACUCGGCCUGGGGGCGAGGGGGGAUGGGCCGAGUAAAAAAAAACGCUGCUCAACAAUUCAGCAGCUUCAAACGACCCUCCAAACCCCCACCACCUAAAACACAAAUCAUGAGCCGCUCACUGCUUGGCGCCAUCCCAAAGGAGCUGUAGGCCAAUGAGAGCGCAGCGAGGGCGGUGCUCUGCCCGAAGGGGAGGGUCCUUAUGGAGCUACACGUACCUGCACAGCCAAGGGGACUUUAAAUCACAAUCCUUCAGUGCUGCACAGUAACGGUCAGCUUGGAGCGCGUGGUGGGGGUUGAGAUUCGUUCAUAGACCCUGGACACGUUUCUGGUCCCUCUGGGGCUCAUAUAUCAGCUUUUCUCUCAGUUUUAGCUCUGAAAAGCCACGAUGUCCACGGCUCAGUUUUCCAGCGGCAGCCGCAGUAUUUUGGGGACACUGGCCUCCUCCUCCUCCUCCUCCUCCAGGAGCUUCCCUCUGAUCCGCAGGGACACGCCGCCACCGCCGCACGCCAGAGUGUGCCGAAGCCUUUUCGGCCCCGUGGACCACGAAGAGCUGAACCGCGAGAUGAAGGAGAAGCUCCAUGAGAUCGCCGAGCGCGACCAGAGGAGGUGGAACUUCAACUUCGGCGCAGGAGUGCCGCUGCCAGGGGAGUACGAGUGGGAGGAAACGCCUGGAGAAACCUCGCCCGCUUUCUAUCAGGAGUGCGUGCGAGUGGGCAAGAGGAGCAGGGCUGAGAAGGCGAGCCAGACACCCGCACAGCGGCCCAGAGAAGAAGAGAAGGACUUUGACUCGAACAGAAGAGAGAGCUUUAGGGAGCUCCGCGCUGGGUCUUCAGAGAGAACAGCCCCGGAGAAGAGCUCAGGCAGCAGAACCCUCGCAGGAAGGCUGACCUGCAGGGGCGUCCUGAGGAAAAGACCCUCGUCAGCACUGAACACGACCCUCAUUACAGAUUUUUAUGUAAAGCGUAGGAACAGCGGCGGAACGACGCGGUGCGAACGUAUCAGCCGAAAGUCCCUCCCUCCGGCCGCCGAGGACCAAACGCCACGAAAACGGAUCAGAUGAAGGUGUGCAGGGGUCUUUGCGAAGCUGCUGUGCGGGAGAAAGAGGGGACUUCUCUGCCCUUUGUGGCUGGAAAAUCCAGAGGACGAUGAGUUCAUGAAGGAGGGAGCUUCUUCGCGUGACGAGCCAAAUAUGUCAGCCUCGGGACUGUUGCAGUGAAGCCCAUCGGUCCUCGCGUUAGAAACCGCGGGAGACAUGUAGCAAAACUGUGGUUCUGUAAUAGGAUUGUUACAGACAGUGAAAUCAGUUGUCUGUGUGAUUUAAUACCUAACCUACACUACACCUGUAGCUCAGGUUCGUUUGUUGUAGGCCGAGCUGUGGGCCUGCUGGUUUCCACACUGUGGACCUGCUGUUUUCUUUUUACUGUCAAGUUACUUAACCUAACUAACAGCUAUACAAUCAUAUCACCCAGUUGUGUUUAAUUUGAUGUCCUUGAAGUUUUUCUGCAGGAACCCUGAGCAUUGAAAUGUGAAAUUCUUGAGUUGGUUUUCUACUUACAUGUAACUGAAUGUAAUCCAGCCAUUUUUUUUUACAGUUAAAGACCCCCCACGAGAGCCUCAAAGAGUGUUUCUUGAAGGAAUGUUAACAGAAAUGUGUCCUACUGUUCAUGCGUGACCAUCUUGUUUGUAGUUCUCUGUUCAGAUUAUUUUCACUUUUAAUAUUCAACUGCAAUUUUCUUAAAACCGGUUGACCAAGUCCUUGUAGGGGGUCUUUAUUAGUUAACAAUUGCGUUUGUACAGCAGCGAGAGAACUUAACUUUCUGACAAGAUCUGAAGGUGCAACUGCUUCACCAAAGCUUAUUUCACUGGGACCUCAGUGUAGAAAAUAGGCCAACUAACUACAUUGGUGAAACAAAUAAAGCUUUAAAGAGAGAGAGGGACAGAAGGCCUUGGGGCCAGCCGUUUGUUGUUUUUGUAAAUAUACAAAGUAUAUUGUAAAGAACGUUUUAACUUAAUUUAUUUAUGUUUCCAUGUAGAUGUCUUUUGUUUAAUUUUUCUUUGUUUGCAAUCAGAAUUGUAGCUUAGCUUUUUGAUGUAGCAUUCACCCUGAAAACAGGGUCCAUCAUGCUUCUGAGCCAUUUUGUCGCUGUUGUCAACUAAGUUUCGCAAAUAAAUUUUGUAAGAUAACAUGAA